AUGGGAUCGCAAAUGAAUGCCCACUCAUCAUCCAACGCCCAGUCACCAUGGCAGCAAAAGGUCCAGGUGACGGCCUACGGCUUCGACGAGGCCUAUCCCAAGGUCUGGCUCGUCUUCGAGGCUCUCUGUCUUGCUGCACUACUGGGGUUUCUCGUGUGGUCGUGUUUCAUCCGACAGCCACGGGGUGAUCCGAAGAAACCGCUGCCUAUAAAGACAGUUAUCGCCGCGAGGAUGAUGAACAUCAUAACUCUCUUCCUGGGCAUUUUCAAAGCCAAUGUUCAACAGAGCUACGUUAUCGUUUCUAUGCUCAACCAAAUCUUCUACCUCAUUGCCGUGAUGCUGGGCUUCUAUAUCUUCUGGAAACUCAUCCAGAAGUUGCUCGAGCGGCUGGCAGAGGAUAAGCCCAGCAAGGCCUUUGCUCCCGUGGCCAUCGCCCACUGGGUCCUAUUGGGAAUUUUGUCCGCGCUCUCGGCUGCAGAAUGUGCGCUUUACAUUGCCUUUGUUGUCAAGGGUAUCAACGUGGGUGAAAGGUACAUGAAGCUUGCAUAUGAGUAUAACAAAGUCUCUGCAGCUCUGAGUAUCCUCUGUUGGCUGGCUUCUCUGGAAGCCUUUUGCUGGAUUAUCUUUGUUUUUGUCAGCUCUGCACCUGACCGGAGGGCUGGACUCGUCCCCUUGUCCGUGGGAAGCUUCUUCUUCUUCCUCAUCAACUUCGUCCUAGCCAUCCUGCAAAUCAUCUACGUCCUCGAACCAAACAUGGCCCCGGAAUACCUCGACGCCACCAGAACCAUCAUCGAGUUCUUCUGCACCCUGGGAAUCUACGCCGGCGUUCUUCUGUGUUUCCGGAAAUGGCACCACGUGCAUAUCAGCCCACCGCAGAAGAUCCUGGAAGCCGGUGGAGACGAAGGGGAGAUGAGCGAGGAGGACUGUAACUCUUCGCUGAGGUCGUAUCAUAGUAUGGUGUACUCGCAGCAGCAGGAGCAGCUGAGGUAUUCGUUUCCUCAAGGAGCGGUGUCGGCACAGCAGGUGCAUAUGUAUAUGCCACGGUGA